AUGACGCAACACCAGUUAUUCCGCAACAUUUCAAUCUCGAAUCAAACCACCAAUAUCUACACCCUACGAACACCACCAAACUCGACCAUCAAGAUGCCCGUCCCAAUGCCAUCCGCAACCUCGCAGUCCACCCCAGCGACCCAAUCUUCAGCUGCUGCGCAGGCUCAGAACGACAUACAGAACGCCGCUACACGAGCUCUAGCAAAUGCGAACAAUGGCGAGAAGACUGAGCAAGAGAAGGAGGCUGAGAAGCGGUACGAGGAGGCAAUGGAGGAGGAGUACGCUAAGCGUGAGGGCGGAGCUUAG